AUGGUUGUGAGUGGUUUAGGGGUGGAACUUGGUGGUGGAAAAGGAGGCCGAAGCAGAGGCAGCACCGCAACAGCUGCUACCCACGCGGUAACUCCACGGGUGACGACGGGCAAGGCCACUAGGACGAAGAGAAAGUCGCAUGCGCCGCCAACAACGUGUUUUGCCGUUUUGGUCUCAGAAUCUUCCGCCACUGCUUCGACCGGUUUGAUGGCUGGAUUCAGAGAAUCACGGAAGACAUUAUUCCUAUUGGCUUACCGGAGUUUGGGUGUAGUGUUCAGUUUUGAAUUAUGGCCGCUAUAUCAAGGCGGUGGACUAUGGGGUUCACAGGUUGUAAGAGCACAACACUGUUGGGAAGACAGUUAUUGCAAGCAAGACUGGUGGAGGAACCUGAAUAACCGUUGUCUUUAUUCAACAGUAAGAUAUGCUUCUAGGGUAGUAAACCAAGCUGUUCCUUCGGGAUUUGAGGAUUUCCCGCCAUCCCCAACAUGCCAUUUGUCUCCUAACAAUUCUUUGCAAGAGAGAGAGAACAAAAACAACUCUAAUCGCGAAGAUAAUGGAAUGUUUUCUAUUGGUCAGUUAUUAAGAAUCCGACUGGGCCCUUUAAACGGGUGCCUUUGUUGUGUGUUAUCUGUUCGCCGUUCUGAGGUCAUCGUAAAGCUGGAUUCUCUGCACAAAAUUCUCACUGUGAAAUAUAAGCAUCUUUCUGAGGUUCGUGGAAGAAAUUCUACCAUUUCUCAGGGGGAUGAUUCUGGGUCUGUUAAGCCAUUCAAUUUUCUUGGAUCGCAAGAUGGUUCCACGGGUAGGAAUUUGUUGCAUGGUUUUCAAUCACAUUUUUGUGGUUAG